AUUGGGUUCACAGGUAAAACCUUGCUUCGGAAUCCAAAAGUUUGAGGGAACAGCCUUUCAUUUAAUUUUAAAAUAUUGUGCCAAAAGAGAGCAUAAAAUUGGAGAACAACUGAAUUCACAACCUCUAAAGUUCAACAAAACCUAAUGUUAUUUAUUGGUCCUUGGCAAUGACUACCUCAAGAAGAGUUUCCCUUUAGAUUUUGUCCCAUUUAUUUAAAUACUGAAAUUCCAUUUUUAGAGUAAAAUUAACCUAAUUGGGGGCAGAUAUGACCAAAUUACUAAAAAACUGGCCAAAGACCAAAGCCUGAAAAUAAAAAUCCUUGUUCUUGAACAAGAAGGAGUGGGAUAGAUAGGAAUCAAAAGAUUAUGGCAUGGGCUAACCUUUGUCCUGUCAUGGACUCCUUCGCCAGUCUGAGACCCCUCUGAAUGUGGUUUAAAUAACUUAAGGAAAUGCUUAGUUUUAGUUAGAGGUUAUUGAAAACAAAGAUAUAAUUUUUCCCCCGUUUGAGUUCAUGAAUUCCCAGAAAUCUAUCUUCUUCGAGUCCCAGAUGAUUUUCACAAAAGCUAACUCGAUACUUGUUACUUUGUAAUUUUUUCCGUUAUCUUAACCCCCAGCAGUAGACAGCAGCUAACACUCCCAGCUAAAAGGAUUGUGUGUUGUUGCAAAGGGAGCUUGCAUCGGCAUCGCUAUUUUCUUUGCUUUAUAUUUUUUAAAUGUCCUUCCAAGGUGACGCCCUCGGGGAACUUUGAUGGGCGAGGCUGUUGGGGCAGGUACUUCGAUGCUAGCUCUAGGGGAGUCCCUGAGCCCGGGGCUGGCAGGCGUGCCCAGUCUGGGCGGAGUGCCCUCUAGGGGCUGGCUUCUGGUCCCUUAAGAAGGAAGCGUCUGCUCGCUUCGCUUCCUGCAGCUUCUCUAGCUCCAGAGUUCCCCCGAGUACCGCCCAGCCCAGCCCAGCGCAGCCCGGCCGGCGUAGAGCCCAGCAUUGAGUAACUUGGCGCAGCUGCAGCGUGUCUUGCCUUUGGCGGCGGCAUCGCGCAUCAGCGCAUCGCGGGAGGACUCUAGCAGCCCGUGCCUCUGCCGAGCCGGCAUCCUUAGUUCCUCGGCCACUAGCGGCGGCGGCUCCAGCCCAACCAUGAGCACGAGGUGGUCCGGGGUCCUCAGACAGCUUCGCUGGGCGCAUCAGCCCCCGGCCCCUCGAGGCUGCCGGCAGGGCAUUGCCGCGCGGCGGCUCUUCCCGCCCCGGGAGAGCUUUCAGGUGCCCCGCCGGACAGGCAGCGGCGGUAGCGGCAGCGCGGGCGAGGGCCUGCUCGGGCAGCGGCGGCUGCGGGAGCCGCAGAGCGGGAGCGGCGGCCACGCGGGCGGGAAAGCGCCGCUGAAGCCGGACUCCGUGGUCAGAGAAAUAAUUCAUAAUUCCAAAGAAGUUCUGAGUUUAUUGCAGAAAGGAAACCCUGACUUUAAGCCAGUACUUGGAAUUGUCCAGGUAGGUGAUGAUAACUGGAUGCAGGAGAUAAACCAGAACUUGGCUGAAGAGGCUGGUCUGAACAUUACUCACAUUUGCCUGCCUCCUGACAGCAGUGAAGAUGAGAUUAUAGAUGAAAUCUUGAAGCUCAAUGAAGAUGCUAGAAUUCAUGGUCUCACUCUUCAACUCUCCAUCAACUCAUUUAGCAACAAGAUACUGAAUGCUUUGAAACCAGAAAAAGAUGUGGAUGGGGUGACAGAUGUAAACCUGGGGAAGUUAGUACGGGGAGAUGCCCAUGAAUGUUUUGUUUCACCUACUGCCAGAGCCGUGAUUGAACUUCUUGAGAAAUCAGAUUUUAUCAUUGAUGGGAAGAAGGUGUUGGUGGUAGGAGCCCAUGGACCUUUGGAAGCUUCCCUGCAGUGCCUGUUCCAAAGGAAGGGAGCCAUGACAAUGAUCUGCCCGUGGAAAACUCCUCAGCUUCAAACCAAGCUUAAUGAGGCUGAAAUUGUGGUGAUAGGCUCUCCUAAGCCAGAUGAAAUUCCACUUAGUUGGAUACAACCAGGAACUACGAUUAUCAAUUGCUCCCACAACUUUCUGUCAGGGAAGCAUGAAUAUGGUGUACAAUUUAGUGGCCUGACUGUAGAAGAUGAUGUAGGUCUUCUCGCAGCAGCUCUGAGGAUUCAGAAUGUAAUUAACAGUGGAAGGAGGUGGCUUAGAGAGCAGCAGUACAGGAGGUGGAAGCUUCGAUGUUUGAAGCUUCAGCCGCUCUCACCAGUACCCAGUGAUAUUGAGAUAUCCAGAGGACAGACUCCAAAAGCUGUUGAUGUCCUUGCCAAGGAGAUAGGAUUGCUUGCAGAUGAAAUUGAAAUCUAUGGCCAAAGCAAAGCCAAAGUACGCUUGUCCCUGCUCGAGAGGCUAAAGGAUCAAGCAGAUGGAAAAUACGUCUUAGUUGCUGGGAUCACCCCUACACCCCUAGGAGAAGGGAAAAGCACAGUCACCAUUGGGCUUGUUCAAGCGCUGACCGCACACCUGCAUGUUAAUUCCUUUGCUUGUCUGAGGCAGCCUUCACAAGGACCUACUUUUGGCGUUAAAGGUGGAGCUGCAGGUGGUGGAUAUGCUCAGGUUAUCCCCAUGGAAGAGUUCAAUCUUCACUUGACUGGUGACAUUCAUGCUAUUACUGCUGCUAAUAAUUUGCUGGCUGCUGCUAUUGAUACCCGGAUUUUGCAUGAAAGUACUCAGACAGAUAAGGCGCUGUUUAAUCGAUUGGUGCCAUUAGUGAAUGGUGUGAGAGGGUUUUCAGAGAUUCAGCUCAAUCGGUUGAAAAAAUUAGGAAUAAAUAAGACUGAUCCAAGCACCCUGACAGAAGAGGAGAUGACCCGAUUUGCCCGGCUUGACAUUGACCCAUCUACCAUCACGUGGCAGAGAGUAUUGGAUACAAAUGACCGAUUCCUACGAAAAAUAACCAUUGGGCAGGCUAAGACAGAGAAAGGAUUUUUUCGCCAGGCCCAGUUUGACAUUGCUGUUGCAAGUGAGAUCAUGGCUGUUUUGGCCCUAACGGAUAGCCUGGCAGAUAUGAAAAAGCGGCUGGGGAGAAUGGUGGUAGCCAGUGACAGAAAAGGACAACCUGUAACUGCUGAUGAUUUGGGAGUGACCGGAGCUUUGACUGUUUUGAUGAAGGAUGCAAUUAAGCCAACUCUGAUGCAGACAUUAGAGGGAACACCUGUGUUUGUCCAUGCUGGGCCCUUUGCUAAUAUUGCUCAUGGCAACUCUUCAGUAUUGGCUGAUAAAAUUGCACUGAAAUUGGUUGGUGAAGAAGGUUUUGUGGUUACAGAAGCUGGUUUUGGAGCUGAUAUUGGCAUGGAGAAAUUCUUCAAUAUCAAGUGUAGAGCUUCUGGCUUGGUUCCCAAUGUAGUGGUUCUAGUUGCAACAGUGAGGGCAUUGAAGAUGCAUGGAGGUGGCCCAAGUGUGGCUGCUGGUGUCCCGCUUAAGAAAGAAUAUACGGAAGAGAACCUUCAGUUGGUAGCUGAUGGAUGCUGCAACCUUCAGAAACAAAUUCAGAUUGCACAACUUUUUGGAGUUCCAGUUGUAGUUGCUAUAAAUGCCUUCAAGAGCGACACACGUGCUGAGAUUGACUUAGUCUGUGAACUCGCAAAGAAGGCUGGCGCCUUUGACGCCAUCCCCUGCCAUCACUGGUCCAUUGGCGGAAGAGGGUCAAUAGAGUUGGCUCAUGCUGUGAGGGAAGCUGCAAGCCAAAGAAGUCACUUCAGAUUCCUCUACGAUGUCCAACUUCCCAUUGUUGAAAAAAUAAGAACCAUUGCUCAGAAAGUCUAUGGAGCCCAAGAUAUCGAGCUUUCUCCUGAGGCACAAUCCAAAAUAGAGCGUUACACACAACAGGGUUUUGGAAAUUUGCCCAUUUGCAUGGCAAAAACCCACCUAUCUCUUUCUCAUGAGCCUGAGAAGAAAGGAGUCCCAACAGGUUUCAUUUUACCAAUUAAUGACGUCCGAGCCAGCAUUGGUGCCGGGUUCAUUUACCCAUUGGUUGGAACGAUGAGCACCAUGCCAGGACUACCCACUCGACCGUGCUUUUAUGAUAUAGAUCUCAACACAGAAACAGAGCAAGUGCAAGGCUUGUUCUAAAAGAACUGGCAACCAUAAGAGAUUGCUGAAAGAGGCCACUGCUUCCCUUUUCACAGCAGGUCAGAAAGAUUUUUGUCUGUUACACAGUGCCCAACCCACGGUGAAAUAGGCCAAAGACUUCUUUCUCCAUUCAAGAUGUCUCAUUUGGAACACAGUGUUAAAGUUCAACAAAGGAACUUAGACCAAACUGGACAGAAGAGCAACUAAUUUAUUUUCUGUUUCUUUUAAAAUUAACAGCUCUUUUUUUCCCCUCUGCUUACUGUUAAAAAUGUUUGUUUUAUAAAGACUAAAGGAUUAAAGGGUGUCAGUGCAAAGGUGUAACAUUUUCUUCUAUGGGUGUUUUUAUAUUGUCUUUGAACUGAAAAUAAAUGUAUCAAACAAGAUUAUAACACUAGGUAAAGUUCUGCUUUUUAGAAGCAGAAAAUUAUAUGUGCCAUUCAGGGCUACAUACAAUACAUACACACACUCAUUUCCUGGGAUUUCUAUUUUAAGGAGUUUAAAGAGCAGACCCAAAGUAAAUACAACUUUAUUUCUAGCUAUCUUUGAAAUCCUUUUUAUUACAGAAUACUUUUUAAAAUCUUUUUUUAUUGCCAGCAUUUCUCCUUCCCCUAUCUAUAUCCCAAAUAAAGCUUGUAAAAAAAGAAAAACCUUAAAGCAAAACAACAGCGGGCUAUUUGAUACUACACGGUCCCUAAUUUUUCCAAGGAAAGAAGAAAGAUACUUUUUCUCUUCUCUCCAAGGUCACAAUUAUGUCUUUAUCAUCAUGUUUAUUUACAUUCAUGUUUUCCUGGUUCUGCUUCCUUCAUGAUGUGUAUUAAUAGAAAUCUUCCUAUAUUUCUCCAAAUUUCUCAUUUGGCAUUUCUAAGAACUGUCAAAUAGUGUUAAGGUAUU